AUGUCAUCAACAGAUUGGCAGGCAAAGUUAAAUGGUUUUAUUGAUGAUUUAAUAGAGUGUAAAACAAAAGAGCAAAGAGAAUUAAAAGCUGAAGGAUUAAAAAGUUUUUUCAUGACGAUGUCAAGUGAGUUUCAUGGAGAAGCUGAUUCUACAUUUAUUGAAUUAAUUAAAUACUGUUUCAAAGAACGAUUACAAAAUAAUACAAUGACAGGAGAAGGACCUACAAUAAAAGUACAAAUGGGAAUGUUAAGGGUAAUUGACAUUAUAUUAAAAAGUGAUUUUGGGGAAAUGUUCUGUAAAGAAGUAUGUAAAGAUGCAUUAAAUCAAUUAAUCAAAACAAAAGACAAAGAAGUUAUGAAAAAAACAGCAAAAUAUAUUGGAAAGAUUAUAAGAUAUAAUCUUCAUGAUUAUAUUGAACAAGAAUUAAAAUAUAUUUCAGUUUCAGUUGGAAAUAAUCCAAAAAGUGGAAUAGGAGCAAUAAGUAACAGUAGUAAUAAUAGUAGUUAUGAAGAAUUGAGUGUGUUAGCAAAAGUCAUGGUAUUAAGGGAAAUCAUUGUUAAUGCCCCAUCAACAUGUUAUACAUCGAAAAAAGAUAUAGUUUCAAUUAUUACCGAAGGGUUUAAAGAAAGGGAUUAUGAAACGAGAAAACAAGCGAAUAUUGCAUUAGAUGAAUAUUUAAAGAAUGAAAAAGAUAAAAUACGAUUUGAAUAUUUAUAUGCAUCAGCAUUGAAUGAAUUUAAAAGAGAAAAUCUUACAGAAAGUAAUGAAGAAACAAACCAUGGAGUUGUAUUAAUGAGAAUUACUAUAUUAAAAAAUUUUAAAGAAAGUAGUGAUAAAAUUAAUUAUUAUGAAGUACUUUCUGAUUUAUUAUAUUUAAUACUGAAUUGUAAAUCACAAACGAUAAGAAAUAGUUCAAUUCUUUCACUUAGUGAUAUGUGUAAAAUUGAUCCAGAAAAAUUUAGUCCAAAAGAAGCACCAAUAGGAUUUACAAAAGAAGGGUUUAUUUGUAAAAGUGAAAAAAGAAAUAGUAGAAUGAUGGGAAGAAGAACAGGAGGAACAAGUAAUUCUAAAGAAUUAAAAAUGUUUAUAGGAUUAAAUGAAAAUGAUAUGAAAUUUAUUUCGAAUGAAAUCCCAUCAUUUUAUAAUGUUAUGAAAGCACUUUUAAUAUGUUUUAGAAAUGGAAUAGAAAAACCAAGUGUACUUAAAGUUAUGGGAGAUUUUUGUGAAUAUAUUCCAAAUCAAAUUAAAAGAUAUUUUACAAUAGAAGGAUUAAAUUUAAUUAAUAAAACGGAAUUUGAAUCAAUCAAAAAAUUAAAGAAUGAAAAAGAAAGAAAAGAUAUGGUAUAUGGAAUAUUUUAUUGUCUCAGUAAAAUUAUUAAAUACUUAAAAGGAGAAGAAGAAAAAAAUGGAGGAAUUGAAAAAGGAAUAGAAGAAACAAAAGAAUCAAAUAAUAAAUCAAAUGAAAUUUAUACUAUAUUUUAUAAAGUAUAUUCAGAUAUUCAUGAAUGUGGAUUUAAUCCAUAUCUUGUUGAAUUACUCAAAACAUUAUUUGAAUCAUUUCCACAAACAAAAAAACAAUAUCAAGAUAUUUUAAUUAAAAUGAUUCGAUCAGUUUUAUUUCCUGAUCAUACAAGACCAGUAUCAGUAAUUCCAAUUAUCCAAUUUAAUCCACAUGAAUUAACUAUUUUAGCACUUCAAACACUAUAUUCAUUUGAAUUUGAAGAAGAAGUCUCACAAAAUAUUAUUCCAUUAAUUAAAGAAACUAUUCUUCAAUUUAUUGAUAGUGAAGAUAUUGAAAUAAGAAAAGAAGUAGCAUGUUUAGGAAAAGUUCUUUUACCAAAGAAUUGUAAAGAACAAGAUAUUCAUAGAUAUGAUAUUGGACAAGUAGUACAAAUCUUAUUAACACAUGGACUUAGUGAUUUAGAUAGUAGAAUUAGAUAUUCUAUUAUGUCAAGUUUUGAUGAAAGAUUUGAUUAUUAUUUAUCACAAGCAAUGAAUAUUCAAAAAUUAUUUAUUGGAAUGAAUGAUGAAAGCUUUAAAGUGAGAGAACAAGUUAUUUGUGUUAUUUGUAGAUUAACGUCAUAUAAUUAUAUGUAUAUUAUACCAUCAUUUAGAAAAAUUGUAAUUCAACUUGUUUCACAAUUAAGACAUGGAGUAGAAAUAUUAAGUGUAGAAGAAUCAACAAUAUUAAUAGGAGAUGUUAUUAAAACAAGUGGGUCAUUAAUUUUACCAUAUAGUGAAUCAAUUAUUGAAGUACUUAUGCCUAAAUUAACUGAUGAACUUCUUGCAAAUUCAACGUCAUUAAAAAGAAAUUUACUUAUUGCAAUAACUGAAUUAAUUAGUCUUGGAAAUAUUGAAGAAAAAUAUAUACAUCAAACCUUAGAUGCUAUAGUGUCUAUUUUACAUCAAAAAGGAACAUCAAAUCAAAAAACGGAAUUAAGAUUAACAGCAUUAGAAAGUAUUACUAAAUUAGUUAGAAGUACAGAAGUUGCAAUUGGAUUAUAUCAACAAUAUCCAGAAAUGGUAGAAAUAUUAAUGGAAAUAAUGAUUAAUGAAAGAUCACCCCAAAUUAAAACAGCAAUGGUUAGUGUUAUUGGAGUAUUAGGAGCAUUAGAUCCACUUCAAUAUAGACAACAUACAAACACGGAAAUAGUUGAAGUUGAAGUUGAUGAAAGUGCUGAACUACAAAUCCCUAUGUUAUCGAAUCAGCCAGAUGAAUAUUAUGCAUGGACAAUUAUUUCUACAUUAACUAAAUUAUUAAAAGAUAAUACAAUGAUGUCAAUUCAUGUUUCAUGUAUUAAUACAAUAGGAAAUACAUUAAAAAUGAUGAAUAAAAAUCAACACCAAUUAUUUUAUCCACUUGUAUCAUAUAUAUUUUCAACAUAUGUUAAUGUAUUUAAAACAUGUCCAACAAGUAUAAGACCAGAUGUUAUUAAAGGAAUAGGAACAAUUUUGCCAUUAGGAGAUAAAACAAUACGAGACACAUAUUUACCAAAAUUAAUAGGAUUAAUAAAAGAAUAUUGGGAUGGAAAUAUACUUGGAGAAGCAUGUGCAUUUUGUCAUGAAGCAGCAUCAAGUAUUAAAGAUGAAUUUAAACAAUAUCUUCCAACAAUUAUUCCAAUAUUACUUAGUGAAUUAACGAAAUUAAAAUAUAGUAAAAAAGAAGAUGAUAGUAAAGUAAAAGCACCAAUGAUACUCAAAUGCUUUUUAACAUUUGCAGAAAGAUUAAAUAUAGAUGAUAGUUUAUAUAUAAUUAUUCCAGUCUUUUUAGAACUACUUGGAGAACAAGUCAGUGUUGGAUUAAGACAAAGUAUAAUGCAAUAUAUUUUUAGAUUUUUUACAUGUGUUAAUAUCGGAGAAUAUGCAGGAAGAAUUAUAUUUACGACUUCAAGACUUAUUGGAAAUGAAGAAUUAAGUGAUAGUGUAGUUAUGGGAUUAUCAACGUUAGCAACGAAAUUAGGAGCACAAUACUUUGUAUUUCAUCCAGUUGUUAGAGCAGCAAUUGGGGAACAUCCAUGUAAGUCGGGAAUAGUAUUAGAAGAAAGUAUUGAAAAGAUUAGAAAAAGUAUUUCCAUAAGUAGUAAAGGAGGAAAUGGGGGAAUAAAUGGAGGAAGAGGAAGUGGAGAACAAACAAGAAUAAUAAGUGGAAGUGAAGGGAAUGAAGAAAUUAAUAAAACGGAAGAGAAAAAGAAAGAAAAUUACAGGAAAAUUAUGGCAGUAUGGGAUUCAUGUACACAAAGAUCAAAAAAAGAAGAAUGGAGUGAUUGGGUAGAAAAAAUCUCAUUAGUAUUUUUAAAAUCAAAUCCAUCAAGAAUAUUAAGUAGAUGUGAAGAUAUUGCGAACAAUAGUAAUUCAACAGUUGCACGAGAUUUAUUUAAUUGCACAUUUUAUUCAGUUUAUAUUGCACAAGACCAAAAACAAAGAAAUGAAUUAAUUCAAAAAAUGAAAAUUGCAUUAACACAACCAACAAUUACACAUGAAGCAGUAUCAUUAAUAUUAAAUUUAGCAGAAUUUCUUGAACAUGAAGGACUUAUUGAACCAAUGAUAGAAUUUGGAGAUAAAGCAAAAGCAAUUGGAGCAUAUGCAAAAGCACUUCAUUAUAAAGAAAUUGAAUUUAAAGGACUUAAAAAUAAAGAGAGUCAAGUAAGAAGAAAUACACUUGGAGAAGAAGAAACUACGGAAGAACAAGCCAUAUUUGAAGAAUUGAUUGGACUUAAUAAUCAAUUACAAAGACAAGAUGCAGCAAGUGGGUUAAUUCAAAUGGCAGAAAAACAAAAUCAAAUGAAAUUAAAUUCCACAUGGUAUGCCAAAUUAGGAAUGUGGCAUAAAGCAUUAAAUAAAUUAGAAGAAGAAAGUAAAAAAGAAGAAGUUAAAAUGACAUGUUUAUAUGAAAUGGGAGAUUGGGAAGCAUUAGAUGAAGUAGCAAGUACAUUUUGGGAUGAAGAAAAUAAAAAAUGGAAAUUAAAUGAAAAAGAAAUUAAAAAAAUGGGAAGUAUGGUUGCAGCGUCAUCAUUUUAUUUAGAUAAAUGGGAAAGACUCAAAGCCAUAAUAGAAACACCAACAUUUAAAAAAGUCGAAGGAUUUGAAGGAACGAUUUAUAAUAUAAUUAUAAGUAUUCAUUUAAUUGAUGAAAUAGAUAAAAAACAAGGAAUUGGAGAAAGUGAAAAAAUUGAAAUGAGAGAAAAAGAAAUUGAAAAAGUAAAAAGAAUUAUUGAGAAUAAUCAAAAACAAUUAGGAAAUGAAUUUAGUGUAUUAGCAACUGAAGGAUAUGAAAGAAUAUAUGGAGCAUUGACAAAAGCUGAAAUGAUUACGGAAUUAGAAGAAAUUAUAGAAAUGAAAAAGAAAAAAAGUAGUAUAAAUAAAGAAAUAGUAAUGAAAGGAUGGAAUGAAAGACUAAUGAAAUCACAUAAAGAUAUUAAAACAUGGCAAAAAAUAUUAAAAAUGAGAGAAAUAAUUAGUACAAAACAUGAAAAUAUUAAAAGUUGGAUUAGUUUUACAGGAAUAAUAGAUAAAAUGGGAGAAGAAGGACUUGCAUUUAAAGCAUUAAAUAAAAUAGCAGGACAUAAAAUAGAAGGUAAAAUAGAAGCAUUACCAAAAGAUAAUUUUGAAGUUGGAGUAAAAUAUUUAAAAUUAAUGUGGAAAGGUACAAAAGAUAUUAAAGAAAAAGAAAAUAUGUAUCAAUUGUUAGAAGAAUAUAAAGAAGUUAUUAAUAAAAAUAGUGAAAAUAAAGAAGUUAAAUCACAAAUUUAUUCACAACUUGGAGAAUGGAAAUUAAAUAUUUCACAAAAUAAAAAAGAAUUUAAUAAAGAAAAUAUAGAAAUUAUUUUAAAACAUUAUCAAGAAACAAUUAAAUUAAAUAAAGACAAUUAUAAAUAUUGGCAUAGAUGGGCAUUAAUAAAUUUUGAAGUAGUUAAUUAUUAUGAAAAUACAAAAAAGAAAUCAAAAGAUGAAAUUAAUAUAAUUAGAAGAAAUAUUAAAGAAAUUGAAAAUAAUACCAAAGAAGAACAUAACAAAGAAAAGAAAAUUCAAAUAGAAGAAGAUAAAAUAGAAGAAAUAAUUAAAAAAACAAGAAAAGAUGAAAGAGAAAUGGUUACAUAUAUUGAAACCACAGUAAAAGCAUUUGUUCAAUCAUUAAUUUUAAGUAAUAAUAAACAAACAUUACAAGAUACAUUAAGAUUAUUAACAAUAUUAUUUAAAUUUGGGAAAUACUAUGAAGUUGAACAUGCAAUAUCAAGUGGAAUUAAUGAAUUACCUAUUGAAAUAUGGCUACAUGUUGUUCCACAAAUUAUAGCAAGAAUUCAAUCAGAAGUAGGAUCAGUUAGAAGAGUUACAAAAGAAUUAUUAACAAUUAUUGGGAAGGCACAUCCACAAGCUAUUGUUUAUGCAUUAACAGUAGCAUCUAAAUCACCAAAUAAAGAUAGAAAAGAUGUUGCAAUAUCUAUUAUUGAAAAAAUUAAGAAAGAAAGUGGACAUCUUGUUCAACAAGCAAUGUUAGUUAGUGAAGAACUUGUUGGAGCAGCAAUAAUUCCAUAUGAAAUGUGGAAGGAAGCGAUUGAAUUAGCUUCAAAAGAAUUUUAUAUUAAUAAAAACUUUAAACAAAUGAUGGAAGUAUUAAAACCAUUAAUGAAAAAGUUAGAAAAACCAAAUACACCAAGAGAUGAAUCAUUUAGACUAAUUUAUGGGAAAGAACUUAAAGAGGCAUUUGAAUAUUGUUUAAGAUAUGAAAAAGAAUAUAAAGAAGGAGAAGAAAUUCAAUAUAUAGAUGACUUAGCAAUAGCAUGGGAAAUCUAUUCAAGAAUUUAUAAUAGACUAAAUAAUACAAUUAAUAAAAUUAGUAGAUUAGAAUUAUCAUUAAUUGCACCAAGACUAUCUGAAGCACAUGAUCUUGACAUUGCAGUUCCAGGAACAUACAAAGCUAAUUCAGGAAUAAUUACUAUUAAAUCAAUAUAUCCUAUCCUAGAAGUAAUUCCAUCAAAACAAAGACCAAGAAAAUUAACUAUAAUAGGAUCAAAUGGAAAAGAAUAUCAAUAUGUUUUAAAAGGACAUGAAGACUUAAGACAAGAUGAAAGAGUAAUGCAAUUAUUUGGAUUAGUAAAUGAUUUAUUAGCAAGUAAUUCCGAAACAUCAAAAAUUCAUUUGUUUAUUCAUUGUUAUGAUGUUAUUCCAUUAAGUCCAAUGAGUGGACUUAUUGGAUGGGUGCCUCAUAGUAUUACAAUUCAUCAAUUUGUAAAAGAAUAUAGAAAUGGUAAAAAUGUUCAAGUUGAUACAGAAAAAAUACUGUGUAAUAGAAUUGCACCAAGAUAUGAUAAUUUAACUACAUUACAAAAACUAGAAGUAUUUGAAAGGGUUUUAAAAGAUACUAAAGAAAGAGAAAUGGAUUUAGCAAAUGCAAUGUGGUUAAAAAGUUGGACAUCAGAAAUUUGGCUUGAAAGAAGAACAAACUUUACAAGAAGUGUAGCAUUAAUGUCAAUGGUUGGUUAUAUUCUUGGACUUGGUGAUAGACAUCCCCAAAAUUUAAUGUUACAAAAAUUUACAGGUGAUGUUGUUCAUAUUGAUUUUGGGGAUUGUUUUGAAGUGGCAAUGAAUAGAGAAAAAUUCCCAGAAAAAAUUCCAUUUAGAUUAACUAGAAUGAUUGUUAAUGCUAUGGAAGUUAGUGGGAUUGAAGGAACGUUUAGAAUGACAUGUGAAAAUGUAAUGACAGUUCUUAGAGAAAAUAAAGAUAGUUUAAUGGCUGUAUUAGAGGCAUUUGUUUAUGACCCAUUAAUAGUUACUAUUCUUGGAGGAAAAGACCGAACUGAACAAACACCUAUUUUAUCUCAAGAUAAUCAAACUACAGAAAAAGAAAUUAAAGUUAUAGAAAAACAAGAUGAAAAAGAGUUAUUUAGUGAUAAUGAUGAUAUGACUGGUGCUUAUAAUACAAAAGCUGGUAAUGUUACUCAAAGAGUUUUAGAUAAAUUAACAGGAAAAGAUUUUGGAAAUGAAGAAUUAGAUGUACAUAACCAAGUAGACAAACUAAUCCAACAAGCUAUUUCACAUGAAAAUUUAUGUCAAUGUUAUCAAGGAUGGUAUCCAUAUUGGUAA